AUGCACUUUAAUAAAUUAAUGCGCAUUGCGAGGCAUGUGCGUAAGUCCCGUAGAAUCGUUAAAUGCCUAAGUUCGUCGAAUGCCUUCGUUUACCGUAGCCGGACUCCCGUAGUGCGCCUUAGAAGCCGGACGCCCGUAAUGCGCCUUAAGAAGCAUGUGCGUAAGUCCCGUAGAAUCGUUAAAUGCCUAAGUUCGUCGAAGGCCUUCGUUUGCCGUAGCCGGACUCCCGUAAUGCGCCUUAAGAGGCAUGUCCCAGACAUGUCCCGUAGAAUCGUUAAAUGCCUAAGUUCGUCGAAGGCAUUCGUUUGCCGUAGCCGGACGUGCGUCGUGCCUGGACAGUGGUCAUGGGACCACAAGCUCAAAGUAGUGCCUAAGUUCGUCGAAUGCCUUCGUUUUCCUCUUGCAAUGAAUGCUGCACAAUCUGUGCAUUCUCACACUCUCUUCUUUUGCGUAAUCUCCACUUCUCUCUUAUUAUCGCGUAUUCUCUCCCUCUCUUUUCUUCUAGUAUUCUCCCUCUUUCCUCUUCUUUUGCGCAAUCUCCCCUUCUCUCUUAUUAUCGCGUAUUCUCUCCCUCUCUUUUCUUCUAGUACUCUCCCUCUUUCCUCUUCUUUUGCGCAAUCUCCCCUUCUCUUUAUUAUCGCGUAUUCUCUCCUCUCUUUUUCUUCUAGUACUCUCCCUCUUUCCUCUUCUUUUUGCAAUCUCCCCUCUCUUAUUAUCGCGUGUUCUCUCCCUCUCUUUUCUUCUAGUUACUCUCCUCUUUCCUCUUCUUUGCAAUCUUUUCUCUCUUAUCUUCUCUCUUAUUAUCUUCUUUUGAUAAUCUCCCUUCUCUUUAUUCUUUCUCUCCUCUCUUUCCCUCUUUUCCUCUUCUUAUUCCUUAUGCCUAAUCUCCCUUCUCUCUUAUUAUCGCGUAUUCUCUCCCUCUCUUUUCUUCUAGCACUCUCCCUCUUUCCUCUUCUUUUGCCUAAUGUCCCCUUCUCUCUUAUUAUCGCGUAUUCUCUCCCUCUCUUUUCUUCUAGCACUCUCCCUCUUUCCUCCUCUUUUUGCGUAAUCUUCCUUCUCUCUUAUUAUCGCGUAUUCUCUCCUCCUUUUCUUCUAGUACUCUCUCUCUUUCCUCUUCUUUUCCCUAAUCUCCCUUCUCUCUUAUUAUCGCGUAUUCUCUCCCUCUCUUUUCUUCGAGUACUCUCCUCUUUCCUCUUCUUUUUGCGCAAUCUCCCCUUCUCUCUUAUUAUCGCGUAUUCUCUCCCUCUCUUUUCUUCUAGCACUCCCUCUUUCCUCUUCUUUUGCCUAAUCUCCCCUUCUCUCUUUUUUAUCGCUACUCUCUCUUUUCCUCUUCUUUUGCCUAAUCUCCCUUCUCUCUUAUUAUCGCGUAUUCUCUCCUCUCUCUUUUCUUCUAGUACUCUCCCUCUUUCCUCUUCUUUUGCGCAAUCUCCCUUCUCUCUUAUUAUCGCGUAUUCUCUCCCUCUCUUUUCUUCUAGCACUCUCCCUCUUUCCUCUUCUUUUUUUUGCCUAAUGUCCCCUUCUCUCUUUUUAUCGCGUAUUCUCUCCUCUUUUUCUUCUAGCACUCUCCCUCUUUCAUCCUUUUUGAAUAAUCUCCCUUCUCUCUUAUUAUCGCGUAUUCUCUCCCUCUCUUUUCUUCUAGUAAUCUCCUCUUUCCUCUUCUUUUGCGCAAUCUCCCCUUCUCUCUUAUUAUCGCGUAUUCUCCCUCUCUUUUUUCUAGCACUCUCCUCUUUCCUCUUCUUUUGCCUAAUCUCCCCUUCUCUUUUUAUCGCGUAUUCUCUCCCUCUCUUUUCUUCUAGCACUCUCCUCUUUCCUCUUCUUUUGAAUAAUCUCCCUUCUCUCUUAUUAUCGCGUAUUCUCUCCCUCUCUUUUUCUUCUAGUACUCUCUCUCUUCCUCUUCUUUUGCCUAAUCUCCCCUUCUCUCUUAUUAUCGCGUAUUCUCUCCUCUCUUUCUUCUACACUCUCCUCUUUCCUCUUCUUUUUUGCCUAAUGUCCCCUUCUCUUUUUUAUCGCGUAUUCUCUCCUCUCUUUUCUUCUAGCACUCUCCCUCUUUCAUCCUCUUUUGAAUAA